AAAAGAGGCCAGUUUCAUUUUGUCCUAGCGCGCAUAAAACCUGUAUACCUGGGUCGAGACGGACAGCUUUCACUGACUUCCACUUUCAGCUGGUCAUGGACUUCAUAGAUCCCAUCCUGUCCAUUGCAUCACAGAUCUACACCCUGGUUGACAAUGUUAAGGCCAAUAAGAAGCGCUGCCGCCGUGUCGCCCAGCGAGUCGAAGCCCUGGACGAGCUGGUGAGGUCCAUCAAAAAGAGGGAGAUGGCCCAUAUCUCUGUUGUAGAAAAGGCUCUAAAGGAACUCGCCAUCACUCUGGAAUCAGCACAGGAGCUCAUCAAGAAAUACACCUUGGCCAACUGGAUGGAGCGCAUCCUGAACUCCAGCAGCCAUGGAGACGAGUUCAGCACUGUGAACGAACGCCUCAACGACGCCUUCCAGGUUCUGUCUGGAGCUCUGCAGGUGGAGCAGGGGAACAUGCUGUACCAGGUGUUUGAAUUGGCCUCCAGAGAGAAAGAAGACGAGGUGGACGGGAGGACGGACGAUGCAGAGCUGAAGAAAUUGCUCCUGGACCACAUGAAGGAGCAGAGGGAGAAAACAGACGCCAUGCUGAAAGAGUUCAACAUGGUCAAAGUCAAUGUGGAAAAAUUCAUGGAGAUGUUGAAUAAGCCCAGCCCCAAUGAUGAGGUCAUCCGUAUGAUCAAAAUGGACGAGCUGAAGUACGAGUACCCCAAACAACCCUUCAUGAAAACAUCAAACUCAGAGGUUUACAGAGGACAGUACCGUGGAUUCACAGUGGCCAUCAAGCGAUACAACGACCCUGUGAACACCUCCCCAAGGGAGGUGCAGACAUUUUUCAAGAAGGAAGUUGAAACCAUGAGGCGCUUUGAGUCACCCAACAUCCUGCGAAUGUUUGGCAUCUGUGUCCAGGAUGAAGAUGGACCCAGCCCUCAGUUCCUCAUCAUCACCGAGUACUGUGAGAAGGGAAGUCUGCGACAGGUUCUGGACUCAAACUGCAAACUGUCCUGGACCAGGAAAGCUCGAAUGUGUCUGGACGCAGCACAAGGACUCUACCGACUGCACCAGACAGAAGAGAAAUGUAAGGUUCAUGGAUGCAUCAACAGCAGCAAGUUCCUGGUGGCUGAAGGCUACAGAGUUAAGUUGGGAGGUUUUGAGCUGGCGAAAACUGAGACAUCACUAAGAAAGAUGACGAAGGACAAACACAUCAGGUCGCUGUGCUACUCCUCUCCUCAGAUGCUCAACAACAUCAACCACAUCUACAGCAAGGAGUGUGAGAUGUACAGCUUUGGGAUCGUCCUGUGGGAAGUUGUGACCCGUCAGAGACCUUUUGAAGGUUGUUCAAGUAAAGAAAUCUAUCAGAAAGUAUGCAAUGAGAAAUAUCAAGAGCCGCUCCCGGACGACUGUCCUGAACCACUGGGAUGUCUGAUCAACGCCUGUCGGACCUAUGAUAGCUUCCAUAGACCAUCAGCUGGAGUGCUGGUGGAUAAACUGCGCAGCGUGGUGGCACAGAUGGAGGAGGAAUGAAACAUUUCAUCCCUCUUCCUCCUCGUCAGCUGUCCUCAGGGAUUCUGCUUGUGAUCGUUCUCAGAAGAAUGUUGUCAAGCCUAAAAACUGGCCUGUAACUAACAAAACUGUGAUAUAAUUUAGAGCUGCAAUGAUUAGCUGAUUUAUCAAUUAGUCACCAACAAUAUUUUAUAAUCGAUGAGUAGUUUUGAGUAAU